UUUUUAUUUGACAACGGAUUGAAGAUCACGGGUGAGCGUCGAGAUUGGUACUCCACAUGAAUGUCAGACUGUGCCUCAGUAUGAGUACGAAAUCAAGGAUGCAAGCUGACUUUAUCCAGGGAAGCCAGAGCAAAGUGGAACACGAUUCACCCCAGUCUGCACUCUUCUACCUUUUCCAAGAAGUUUCCAAGCUUGUAUCCCCUAUCCACAACAGUUUCCCAGACUCAAAUCUACCCAGUGAAUCACAGAUUAAGACAUAUAGCCAGGAUCCUUUAGUAAUUAAAAAAGAAGAGGGUCCACAUUCAUUUGAAGCCUCUGCUAGUUCUGUCCAGGAUACUUUAAAAAUGAAAAUGGAAGGCGACGCACAUUCAUUUCAUACCUGUAAUGGUUCCUGCCACCAUAGUUUGUCUUGUUCGCUGCCAUGUAAUGAGCUGAAAACGGUAAAUGAGGAGUGUCAAAGCAGCAGUGUCACAACUACAUCACAGUGUGAACGCAAUAGUCCCUGGAAAGUGCUGAGCCUGAUCAACUUGCAGUGUGAAAAGCUGCUUCAUUUGGAAAAUCUUGAGGUGUUAGACCCAAGUUCAGCCUCAUCUGCCACAAAAUUAGGCUAUUCAACAGUCACAUUAUCCACUGCAGCACCAGAUGUUACAGAAGCUGCAAUUGAAAGUGACACUCUAACUGGUGAAUGCAUGUUAGGCCCAUCUCCUAAUCUCUUUGAGAGACAAGAAAUCACACCCUCUGUCAGUGCUGAUGAAAAAGUGACAGGAAGACCCACAGGAGAUGGAUUUAAACUACAGUGCUGUGUGAAAGACUCCGAGAUGGGUGUUCAGCUUGAAACUGCUGAGACAACAGACACUGACAGAGCAGACUCGCCGGGAGACAGUACAACAGCAUCUCUGCAUCCUCAACACAAGAGCAAAACAGAAGUUAACUUCACUGUCAACACACAAAUUGGGUGCAGCCAGGAGUGUGAGAAGGAUUGUUCUUCUAGCAAACAGGAUAUUUUAAAUGCACCCUUUUUUGAAUAUGCUUUAUCACAAGCACACAAUGCAUGUCUUAAUACUAAGCUAACUUGUAAUUCAGAUGAUGAGACUUGUACUACUCUAUCAAAGCCAGUACUGUCACUAGAUAUUAAUGCAAAUCUUACUUUAUCUGUGGAAGCCCAAUGUGACAGCAGGCUGCCUCCUCUAAGCCCCAUCCAACUUUGUUCACAAUCACCAUCACUUACAUUCAGAGCUCCAGAGAAUUCUCUCUUAGGUUCAAAACCAGAUGAAUGUGCAGAUGCCCCCAUAGAUGGAGACACCCCUCCAACUGCCCCGAUAAAAUCUUCUGCACCAUCCAAAGCAGAACUUUGGACAAUGCAAAAGGAGGAUCACGGUUCAUCUUCGCACCAGUGGAGAACUAAGACUCCUAGAAAACAGCAUUGUCCCAGUCGCAGUGUUGAUAUUCAAGACCCAGACUUCCAGGGAGUGACAUUCAGGAUGGACACGGAGCUAGACGAAAGCAGGGAGCAGUGUCGGCUUCUCAUAACUUCAAAAUACAGCAAGGAACUCUGCAGGAGUGUGAGAAAACCCAGGCUGAGGACACGGUCAUCACAGAAAUCAUUUAAAACUAGCAGCUCAGACGAGGAGAACGGCCACACAACCAGUGUUUUAAAGGGUAAAGUUUGUGCAUCAUGCUGCACCAGGAAGACCCCCAUGUGGAGAGAUGCCGAGGACGGGACUCCACUGUGCAAUGCCUGUGGGAUAAGGUAUAAGAAGUACAGGGUGCGCUGUGUCAACUGCUGGCAUAUCCCUCGGAAAGAGGGCAACUCCAACGCGUGCUGCCUCAAGUGUGGAAACUUUGUGAGGCUGACCUCAGCUCAGCGGAAACACACCACCUAG